UAUAUGGUCUGGAAACUGACAAGAAACAAUCUUUGUAAUCCAGGAUCAGAAAUUCUAAAAUGGUUUGGAAAGACUUGCCUAUUGGAGGAGAGAACAGCACAAAAAUCUGAAACCAACAGAUUCAGAAUUUAGGAUAUUUAUUUGUGAGGAAUUUUUUUGAGUUAUUAUAACUGUCCUUUUUUAUUGUUCUUUCCCAUUUUGAGGAUUUGUUGACAAUAAUGUAUCGCUGUAUUAUUGUGCUGAGCAUGCUUCACCUUGCCAUGUCUCUUGAGUCAUUGAUGAUAGAGGUCGAUGGUGACGACGACUUGGACAUAGCUGAAAUAAACGAAGGUCUGGAUCUAUUUGAGGGUGACAUUAUGGAAGCCGUCAAGACAAAAACAAGAGUUGCCAGGAAUGCCAUUCUGGCAAGCCAAAAGAAGUUGUGGGACAUCCCAGUUUCUUAUGUACUAGAACACAGCCUCAGUAUGAACGCAAAAGGGCUGCUUCUGCAGGCCUUCGAACAUUUCCGUCUGAAGACAUGCAUUGACUUCAGGCCCAGACAGUCAGAGGAAUACUACAUUUCAAUCAGAAAAAAUCCAGGGUGUUACUCCUAUGUUUCAAGGUUUGUUAAACAUGGCCAAGUUGUUUCCAUUGGUCAUAGAUGUGACCGUCUUGGCAUAAUAGAGCAUGAGAUUAUGCAUUGUUUGGGCUUGCAUCAUGAGCAAUCAAGAUAUGACAGAGACGACCACAUAACCAUCAAGUGGGAUAACAUCAGAGAUGGAUUUCAGAACAAUUUUUAUAAAUUAUCUCAAGGUGAAAGUACAACAUUUAAUGCUCCAUACGACUACCUAUCAGUGAUGCACUAUGGCAAAAGCUCCUUUUCAAAAAACUCUGGAGACACAAUUGUCACUAAGCUGCCCCAAUAUCAAGACAAAAUUGGCCAGCGACUGGAAAUGAGCCCUAUUGAUGUGUACAAGCUAAACCGGCUUUAUAAUUGCAGUGGAUCGAUUUCUUUUAUGGAGCACUGCAACUUCACCAAUGUUGAUGUCUGUGGGAUGAGCUUUUGUAAAAAAGGUUUGGCUCAAGGUUGGAAGAGAGUAAGCAAUGCUGCUGGAGGGCCUCAUACUGACCACACCACCCUGGGCAAGACAGGAGGUUACUUCAUGCAUGCUAGCACAGCAUCGGGUAAGAAGGGAGACUCAUCCUGGCUGGAGACCAAAAGAAUGAGCCCCACAAGGAAGUGUCACGUCCAGUGCCUCCAGUUCUACUUUUACCAUAGUGGAAGCCACACAGACCAGCUCAACAUCUGGAUCAGAGAGUUCCGGGAUAAGACGGACUCAAGGGGAAACCUUCGCCUCAUGGAUCAGAUAACUGGUGAACCAACCAAUGACUGGCAGUUUUACAAGGUUCCCCUGAAUGCUGCCAAGCCGUUCCAGAUUGUGUUUGAGGUGAAUAACGGAAAGGAGAAGUCUUCAGGAGGUUUUUCGAUCGACGACAUCAACCUGUCUGAGUCCGAGUGUCCACAUAACAUCUGGAAAAUUAACAACUUUGAGAGGCUUCUGACAAACACUGACUACAACAGUUACCUGCACAGCCCGGUGAUGUAUUCCACAGAUGGUUAUGCAUACCAGGUGGUAGCUGCUCUGCGAGAAACCUAUUUUGGAUUAUAUUUUCGUAUGGUCUCAGGUGACAAUGACUCCAUGCUGGAAUGGCCUUGUACAUGGAGGCAGGUGAACAUCAUCAUGCUUGACCAGAACCCUCACACUCAACAGCAGAUGUCCAAACAGAUCACUGUAACCACUGAUCCAUCAUAUAGUGUAUUUGAUAAUCCCCAUUUGGUGGGAAAACGUAUUCGAAGGCAUGGAGAAUCUCUCCAUGUGAAUUCGGCCUAUGGGGUGAGAUCAUUCCUCUCCCUGGAGCAAAUCAGGAGCCGAGACUUUCUGAAGGGGGGCACUGCUGUCUUCCUCUUAACAAUGACAGAUAUUUCCAGUCUUCAGCAUAACCCAUCUCUGCCUUGUCCGAAACAAACGCAAUCUACAAUCACCUACCCAAACAACUCUGAAAGAGGCCCGUGCAACAAAGGGUCUAACACAAAGGCAGGAUAAUGCUUAAUCAGCGCUGUACCAGGGAGGGGCUAGUCUCAUGAUGAAAACACAUCAACAAAUGGAGGUUCUUUCACCACAGGAUCCCCGUCCUUCCUCCUCAUUUUCAGCUUUAUACAUAAUGAGUAAAACAAAUGAAUCGCCUGCAAAUAAACAGAGA